UUUUCUUCCCAGUUGAAGAUUCCUUAUAAUUAACCACCAACCUCUACUGUCUACUACUCCAUCAAGUUUAGAAGCUGUUAGUUUUCUGACAUUUUAGGUCCCCCAUGAAGUGGUAAGAGAGGCAUAGAUGAGAAUAUCACAAGUCACCGAGGUGGCACAAGCAGCUGCAGUGUUGGAUCAGUCUGACCCUGACAAGACCAUCCUGAAAUUUGAUAAGAUAAGAGAGGACAUGUUCUCCAUGGAGUUCCGGCAUCUACUCUCUGCAAUUCAGACUUUUCAUAUCUUUGUGAACGGCUUUGAUACCAAACUGGCUUACAUAUAAUCAAGCAACAACUACAGCAAGCCAAAAGCAAACAAAUGCAGUCUCCAGCAGCAGCUUUGUUUAAAGGCGUGUUCCUCUUUCUGCUAUGAAGUCCUUAUACUUUAGGGAUUCUUGUCUAGUUGUUCUUUUCUCAAAAGUUGGAAUUCAUGAAUCUGAAUAUCUAUAUUUCAUAUAGGUCAUAGUGAGAAACUACAGCAUAAACAAGAGCUUAUGUU